AUGUUACAACCAGUGGAUCAGGAUGUGAUUUGGUCUUUUAAAUGUUCGUUUCGUAAACAUCAACUGGAAUAUGUUUUGUCUUUGGCCGAGGAAGAGCACCUUAGCAUGAAAUCCGAAGUGGACAUCCUGAUGGGCACGCAUCUGAUCAAGAAAUCUUGGGUGUCNUGGGUUCAACCUCAAAUUGAAUCACUCGAUGAUGCAGCCACCUGA